AUGUCAUACGCCGAGUCGUCAAGCUCAGCCAACGGCAUCAAAUCAGAACCAGGCGUCAGGAAUUCGAGCCUCGCAGUGCAGGGAUCUACCACCACUGGCAGCUCUCUCAACCAUGAUGAGGCAACGAUUGAGAAUGGCAGCACAAACGGCGGAUCAUUCAUGGUGACGGUCGGCACGCCCUUCCGUGUUGGACGAUCAGAUGCACCACCCCCAAGCGAGCGUACCGAUGAGUGCGAGCCAGAGCCUAUGCUUAGAGAGCUCAGGAUGAGGCCUACCCACGUCAGCAUUGACAGUCCAGCUGUCCCCGAGGAAGUUUUCGGCUUUCAGGAUUCUUUCCAUGGCAUCGGCAGAAAGAUCAAGGCCCACAAUGACACACUCGGCGAGCUACAGGCGCUCGGCGUGUCUCAUGACGUGCCGCUGCCUGAGCUCGUGCUAGUCGGCGAUCAAUCUGCUGGAAAGUCGAGUGUUAUGUCCGGGCUGGCAAACCUAGAUCUGCCACGGUCUGAGGAUACCGCUAUUGUCGAAGACGACGUGACGGAUGCGAACCCGUUCUUCCCGUGGCGCCGGCUAUCGAACGUGCAGAUACUGGAGUUCAAGACCGUGCACGAUAAGUCGGAAAUCGAAAGUCUCCUGCGAUGGGCCCAGGUGGCCAUACUCAACGAUAAUCACAGCCACCAGCAGUUCAUCCCUGGGUCGGGUGCCAUUGCAAUGAAUGUACCCAUUGACCAAGCACAGGCUGAAACGGUGGCCAAGUUCUCACCUAACGUUGUGUUUCUGGAGAUCAAGGGACCCGGAAUGCCAAACUUGUCCUUCUACGACAUGCCAGGUAUUUUCCAGAACCCGGCGGAUGCGAGUGACCAAUACUUGGUCAAAGUUGUUCAGAACCUUUCCAAGUUUUACAUCCGUCGCCAGUCCGCCAUCAUCAUCUGUUCUAUGCCUAUGAACACCGAUGCAGAGAACUCGUGCACUUUUGGCUUCAUCCGCCAGCUUGAUGCCACGCGCCGCACGAUUGGUGUGCUCACCAAAGCAGAUCUCCUAUCGGGUGAUGCUGACCGUAGCCAGUGGCUUAGGAUCAUGAACGGAGAGGCCCACACUGUCGGUCUUGGUUAUUUUAUCACAUCUCGCAAGAAUGGGAAGGAUCUCGACGAGCUGAUUCAGUGGGAGGCCGCCAUGUUUGAUCAUCACACGACUGAGUGGCCUAGUGAAUUUCACGUCUUCGCGUCCCGCAGUGGUGUUGAGAAGCUGAAGCACUUCUUGUCGGAGCGCCUUGGGGAGCAGUUUGCCAAAAGCCUGCCCAGUAUUGAAGAGAAAGUGCGGGGAAAGCUGGACCGAGUCCUCAGCGAGCUGCGAAGUCUCCCAGACGUGCCCGACAAUGUAGAGCUCGAGGUCCAGCGGAGCCUGCAGAAGUUCAGUGACGCUGCGAGGAAGAGUAUCGAAGACUUUAUGAAACACUUCGACAACGACCCCAAGGAGUUCAGCGAGUGCAUCCUGGGCAUGUAUCCCCGAUUCAUUCUCAAAGACGUGUCGGAUGCCCCUACCUUGGUGAUUUCGGACGACGAGGAUGAUAGCUCUGAGCCUGCCGCUCCGACUCCUACAGGCGCUGGAACACCGUCUCACAAGCGGCAUCGCAUGGCCCCUCCGGUGACGCCCUCAAAACGCACACGGUUAACUCCGUCGGAAGCACCUAGGUCUGGCAGGUCGUCACAUUCCGUCAAGCCCGAAGAUUCCGAUGGGGCCACCAACGGAAGACCGUCCCGAGCUGAGCACGGAUCUCAACCACCCAGGGCUGGCUUGGCAGCCCCAACAUCAACAUAUGCCAGCUUCGCCAAAGUGAAUCGCGGAUUCAGGACUCUACGCGGGGUACGAAGCGACAUAAGGGCGCGCAGCCAGGCUGGCGUGCCAAAUCACAUACCUCUCGAGGUCAAGGAGGAUCUGGCACUUGAGGCUAUUGCGCCUUGGGAUGGGCCUAUGGAUGUUUUCCUCAGCCUGACCAUAGCGAAGCUUCAUAGAGCCUUUAAAGAGGCACUCGAGAGCACCUUUGCCGGACUUCGACAGCGGGUGAUCUUUGCCGAGUGCGAGAAACAGGUCGGGACAUUCCUAGAAGGUCACAAAAGGACUAUCAGGGAGCACAUGGUGCAGGUCUACCGGGACGAGAGCUGCAAGCUCAUGACCUUUAAUAGCGCCACCUUUACUCAGUACGAGACGGAGGAGUUACACCUCCUAGAAUGGUUCCGUCACAAGAUGCGCAUGGAGGCCCAGGGUGUAGCCUCAAAAUCUACGGGCAACAAAAACUGGGAUAGCAUGAGCGAGCAAGAACGACGCACCGAGAGCGAGACGCGCAAAGCCGAGAUUGCUAAGAUUGGCGUGGACGACUUUGACCGCGAAAUCAAGGUGAUUGCGUACGUUAGAGGCUACUAUCGCCUUGCCGGUCUGCGGUUCGUCGACAGCAUCGCUCAGUGCGUGCUGUGUCGGUUGAUCCCCAAUUUGCAGGAGCAGCUGCCACUGUACCUGAAUGAGCGACUCGGGCUGAUCGGCCGUGGUGGCCAGGACAUCAACGCCAUCUACGCGCGCCUUUUGGAGGAGGACCCUGCCAUGGCUGCGCGACGCGAGGUGUUGAAGAAAGAAAAGGCCAAGUUUGAGAAGGCCAUGGCCAGCAUCGAGAUGCUGAACAGUGCGGCCGCCGAGGACAGCGAGGGUGGCCUCACGCACGUGUCUGAACACCGCGAUGACGACACGGUCAUGGGUGAUGGCGGUGAAAUUGAAGUGUAA